CCUCGACCUUAACCAUGUUCAAAUCUUUUAAUGCUUUACCUCAGGAAAUUCUCGAACAUAUAGCUUUUCUCGUGGCCCUUCAAACAUUUCUCGGUCCACCAUCGUCCAUUCUUCCCUUUAUAAGCAUCAACCGUUGGACGAACUCAUCCUUAUCAUUCUCGUCCAAUACUUGCCUCUACGCGAGAAUUUUCGAACACAAAUUCGACGUGCGCCCAGCUAUUCGCAGGAUUGGAUUGCAUCGCUUGUCUACAAGCACACUCUCCGAGGAGUUGAGAAAGAGAUGCAUUUAUCUCAAACGUAUCAAAUCGCGGAUCGAUGCUUGUACGGAUGAGGAAAAUAAUGGCCGCGACGAUAUGCUGCGUGAGGUUCUCAAUUAUGCAUAUCUCUUUAUGCUAGAAAACGAGGGCCGAAAUGAACGACAACUUCGGGAAUACGCUCAUAUUGACCUGUGGCUGAAAGAUUAUUGGUUCAGUGAGCUUGGUGCUUCAGGUGCGAGGCGAGCCAUAGCGUCGAAUCGUUGGCCAGUACAGAACUUGAAUACGAUCAUUGCGAUGUGGUUGUACUGGUUUCUUCUCAAGCCAGAGACUUAUCAACGAGAAAAGCAGGAGUCUUGGAAAGCGGUGGAUGUUCUGAAGGUUUUCGCGUUAGGUGCUCAUACGUACCACCUUUCGUCUCCGACCUGGCUCGAUUUUUUACCAAAGUCAGAAUCAUUUGAGACGGACAUCUCAGAAGUUAUAUUCUAUUCGGAGAAACUGCACUUUAGACCUCCGCCACUCGCGGUUCCAGCUAUCCUCUCGUUCAUCAGCCUGGUCAGUCAGCUACAAGAGCAGACCGACUUUUCAACCCCAUUCGUGUCGCUCGAUUCCACAGUUUCAAAGAGUCUGGGCGGUAUGGAGUGGGAACGAGAGUGGGGUAGAUGCUAUAGCCUCGGUCAGCCUUCGCUCGCCAAAUUCUUGACUCUCUCAUUCAUACCGGGAAGUCUCGAAGGAGUAUGGGAGGGACUAUUUACUUAUACAGACUUUACCGCAUAUGCUGCUCUUCUACAGGGCGCACCCCCGCUAACCCUCCAAAAGAGUCUCGUUGUCAGGCACCGGCAAACUUGGAGACUAAGGGAACAUUACCUUAUCUCUAAUACAUCACGAUCCGUCGGUUCCGACUCUGGUAUCGAGAUAGGAGACAACGACAACGUGGAAGCCUUGUCGGCCGGUGACCCGUUGCGGUCCUAUUUUUCAACGGGAACUUUUAUUCGACAGCAUGAAUGGGGAGUGGAGGUUCGUGAGCCACAUAAAAAGCCUUUGCACUACCGUCGUGCAGACUCAGAUACCUCCAACUCCAAGGUCCUGGACAUCAUUAUUAUGGGGGAGGGUCACUCGGCGUGGGGUCAGUUCAGUCUCGUAGGGCGGAUACGACCUUGUGACGGUUUCAUCAGCCUUUCGAAAGAUUAUAUCGACGGUGAUAGAGGAAAGUGGCUGUAUAGGGGGUAUUUGGUCGGGAAUGCCAAUAGUAACCUAGCCGGAAGAUGGCGGGAUACUGUCAGUCCCGUCCGCGUCCCCGGAUACGAAGGAUGCUUCACAAUGACAAGAAGACGUUAAUAAAAAGAUUUUGACUUUGCACGCACUCCUAUAUACGAACCAGCGCGUGGACGGCGGACUUUCUAUCCAGAACUACGUAUGUACUUUCCAUGUAUUUGUAGAAAACAUUCCUAUGGAUUUACGAACGCCAAAAUCUUAAGUGUCUCUCAGUCUCAUUUCACAUAGAUCCAUCACUAACUCCAGCUAAAAGGACUCAACCGCCUUGAGGAAACAAACAGAAACCGGGGAACAUAGUGAGUCGAUGUUGCCGUCUGUGAAUUGAGC